CGGCACCGGGACGGGAGGGACCGCGGGCACCGGGACCGGGAGGGGCCGGAGGGGUCCGUGAGGGGCGGCGGGUUCGUCAGGGGCCGCUAGGGUCGGUGAGGAGCGGGAACCGUGAGGCCCGGCGGGUCCGUGACGGGCAGAGGGAUCCGUGAGGGGCGGCUGAGGGUACGGAGAUUGGAAUUCGGGCUCGAGCAGAGGGUACGAGGGCUAUGCCUACGGCUACGGCUGCGGCCCCGAGGGCUCCGGGGGCUUCGGCUUCGGAUCGGCCGCCGGCAAUUCCUGGGAUUUGGGCAAUUCCCAAACCGACGGCGGCACCGAGGGCGGCGACGGCCCCGGGAAAGCGCGGCAGGAACCGGGGGGAGCCGGGAUGCACCUGGAGAGUGAGGGAGCGCCGGGACGGGGGUACCCGGAAAGGUACGAUCCCUACGAAUCCUACGGCGACUCCCGCGUGAGCGAGCACCGGGAUCUGUACCGGGCAUCCUUCGGCUACCCCGGCGAUUACCGGAGCCAUUAUCCCGCCCAUUAUCCCAACGAUUAUCACAACGAUUACCCUAAUGAUUAUCCUGAUUACCCUAAUGAUUAUCCCAAUGAUUACCCUAAUGAUUAUCCCAACGAUUAUCCCAAUGAUUAUCCCAACGAUUAUCCCAACGAUUAUCCCAACGAUUAUCCCGAUUAUCCCAACGAUUAUCCCGAUUUCCCCGCCGAGCCCGAGCCCGACCCCGCCGGUUUCCUGGGCCGCCGCCGGGCUCAGGCUCCGUUCCCGGGCUCCCGCCCGCCCUGGGGCUGCCGGGACCGGGCGGGGUUCGCGGGGUUCCGCCCGCGGGGGGGGGGCUGGGCCGAGCCCCGAGGCCCCGCCCCCCGAGGCCACGCCCCCCGCCAGGCCCCGCCCCCUCCGCUGUUCCCGCCCCCGCCGGGCCCCGCCCGCGGCACCAAACGGCAGCGCCGGGCCUGGCGCCUGUGGGACGGCGAGUGCAGGCGCAAGCGGCCCCGCCGGGACUGGCUGGGGCGGCGCCGGCAGCCGACGGACGGACACGGACGGACGGACGGAUCCGAGAACUCCAGCUCCGACAACGAGGAAGGCACAGAAGGAGAAUCCGGAGAAAAGGAAGAAUCCAGAGGGGAAGGGGAGGAUGAGGAGGGAAGAGAUUCUGAGAAAGGGGCCCUGAGCAAUCCCGAGGAGAAUCCGGAGCUUUCCCAGCCGAGGCCGAAGCUCCCGAGGAAAUCCCAGGAGCGGCAGAAGAGGCGGCACCGGGACCGCAUGGUCGAGAGGAUCCAGUUCGUUUGCUCUCUCUGCAAGUUCCGGACGUUCUUUGAGGACGAGAUCCGGCAGCACCUGGAGAGCAAAUUCCACCAGGAGCAUUUCCGGUUCGUGGGGGCGCGGCUGCCGGCGCGGACGGCCCAGUUCCUGCAGGAGUACGUGGCCAACAAGACGCGGAAGACGGAGGAGCGGCGCCGCGGGAUCCGGGACAUCAACGCCGUCAUCCAGCAGAUCCACAGGGAGCAGGACCUCACCCAGGAGCUGGGCCUGGAGCACUUUGUGCGCAGGGUGGAGGCCGCUCACUGCUCUGCCUGCGACCUCCUGCUGCCCAUGCACUGGGGAUCCAUCCAGAGACACCUGCGAGCGCCCGAGCACGGCCACAACCGCAGGGCCAUGCUGGAGCAAUCCAAGCGAGCGUCGCUGGCGGUGGCGCGGAGCAUCCUCAACAACAAACUGAUCAGCAGCAAACUGCAGAGCUUCCUGCAGGGGGAAAAUCCAUUCACGGACGAUGCUGAGGAAAAGGAGGAGCACGAGGAAAAUCCAACAGAGAAUCCCCAAAAUCCUGAGGAAAAUCCCCAAAAUCCAGAAAAUCCCACAGAAAAACACCCAAAUCCUGAAAAUUCAACGAAAAAUCCCCCAAAUCCAGAAGAAAAUCCUGAAAAUCCCACAGAAAACCCCAAAAAAACGGAAGAAAAUCCUGAAAAUUCCACAGAAAAUCUUGAAAAUCCGGAGGAAAAUCUGGAAAAUUCUACAGAAAAUCCCCAAAAUCCGGAGGAAAAUCUGGAAAAUUCUACAGAAAAUCCCCAAAAUCUCAAGGAUUCUGAGGAAAAUCUGGAAGAAUUGGAAGAAAAUCCGGAAAAUUCUGGGAAAAUUCCGGAAAAUUCUGAGGAAAAAUCCAAGGAAAAUGAAAAUUCCGAGGAAAUUUCAGCAGCCAAAAAGCAGCAAAAGGGACCAGGGACAAACCCAGAGGGGGAAAAUUCCCAAAAUUCCCAAAUUUCCCAAAAUUCCCCAAGUUCUGAGGAGGUCCCGGAAAGUUCUGGAAGGUUCCAGGAGUGAAUCCUGCAGGGAAAAGGACCCGGAACGGCCCCAAAUCCUGGAAAUUCUGGGGAUUCCUGGAAAAAAAUGGGAAUUUUCGUGGGUUUUUGGGAAUUCCUGAGGAAAAAGGGGAAUUUUCUUGGGUUUUUUGGGAAUUUCUUGGGAUAAAAGGGAAUUUUGUGGAAGAUUUUUUUGGGAAUUCCUGAGGGGAAAAAGGAAUUUUCUGGGAUUUCUUGGAGAAUUUCUGGGAAAAAAAGGGAAUUUGAAUUUUGUGGGGAAUUUAUGGGAAAACCAGGGAAUUUUGUUGGAUUUUUUGGGAAUUUUGUUGGAUUUUUGGGAUUUCCUGGCAUAAUUUACGUGGAUUUUUUUGGGAAUUCCCAAGGGGAAAAGAGAAUUUAUUUGGGGUUUUUUGGGAAUUUCUAGGGGAAAAAAGGGAAUUUUGUUGGAUUUCUUUAGGAAUUUUGUUGGGGUUUUUG